UGGACUGCUAGCCAGCACUAGUAUUUCAUCUCAAAGUCUUCAGAGUAAUUACGGCCUUUCAUCUGAAGACUGGGAAAUUUAUAAAACUUGCUACCUUAACAAAAAAAAGAAAGUCAGGAAGGACCGGACAAGCCGGGGGGAAAGUGAGGUAAGGGGGCAGAGUAGUGAGGAAUAUGUGGAGGUACCAGAGUGGGGAACAUUUGAGGGGAAGGCCUCCAGGGUUGUGAUGGAGGGGACAGAGGCUGGUAUUAGUAUGAUGGAUAUGCUAAAUGGAGGUGAGGAGAAUGUAUGUGAGGUGGGAGUGAAUGUGGAGGAGGUUAAGGGAGGAGGAGGGAAAAGUACAGGGAAUGCUGUGGAAUAUGUGGUGUCACAAGUAGGCAGAACUUGGCUAGAACCCAUCCAGGAGGAAGACCUUGAGGAAGAUGAAGAAAGAGAUGAGGAGCUUCAGGAAGCAGAAGACACUGAUGCUGCCACAGUGGACAGUUGGCAGUGCAUGGCGGCAUAUGUAGCCAGAAUAUGGCUGCAGACUUUACAGGAAGAUGGACCUGAGGAAAAUGAAGAAGCUGAUGUGGUAUUCCAGCAGGCAGAAGAUGCUGAUGCUACCACACUGGUCAGGUUUCAGUGUAUGGUGGCAUCUGAAGACAGAUCACAGCUACUGACUAUACCAGAAGAAGGACCUGAGGAAGAGGACGAGACUGAAGUGAUGAAGACAGAUAAAACAAAAGAAGAUGCUGAUGCUGCCGAGAAGAUCUACAGUGAAGAAGAAGUAUCAUUCCAUGUGAAUGCCGAAGAUCUUUCUGAAGAUGUUACUGAGAAGAGCCACAAGAAGAAGAAGAAGAAGAUGAAGUGGUGCUUCUUCUGCUGUCCCCUGCCCUUCAGAAGAAGUAGCAAGAGGCAGUAAUUAUAAGGUUGUGAAUUCAGGUUUACAAAUGACUUAAAGCAGUAAUAUAACUGCAUUAUUGACACCUUCACAAUGCACUGUAAUGCAUCCAUAAAUAUAUUAUAGACAUGGGUAUAAAUAUUGAAGAAAAAAAAGCAUAACACAUUAUAGCCAUGUUUAUUAUGGAUUAAUGGCCGAUAUAAUGUAUUAUGAAGAUAUUUAUUGUGUAUAUAUAGAUCAGAGCAUUCAUAAUGCAUUAUCAAGAUAGCUAUAAUGUGUUAUGCCUUUGUAUAAGUAUU